AUGCUUUCAGAACCUGGACCUCAUGCCUUCAGAACCUGGACCUCAUCCUUUCAGAACCUGGACCUCAUGCUUUCAGAACCUGGACCUCAUACUUUCAGAACCUGGACCUCAUGCCUUCAGAACCUGGACCUCAUGCCUUCAGAACCUGGACCUCAUCCUUUCAGAACCUGGACCUCAUGCUUUCAGAACCUGGACGUCAUGCCUUCAGAACCUGGACCUCAUGCUUUUAGAACCUGGACCUCAUGCCUUCAGAACCUGGACCUCAUGCUUUCAGAUCCUGGACCUCAUCCUUUAAGAACCUGGACCUCAUGCUUUCAAAACCUGGACCUCAUGCCUUCUGAACCUGGACCUCAUGCCUUUAGAACCUGGACCUCAUGCUUUCAGAACCUGGACCUCAUGCCUUCAGAACCUGGGCCUCAUGCUUUCAGAACUUGGACCUCAUGCUUUCAGAACCUAGACCUCAUGCCUUCAGAACCUGGACCUCAUGCUUUCAGAACCUGGACCUCAUACUUUCAGAACCUGGACCUCAUGCCUUCAGAACCUGGACCUCAUGCCUUCAGAACCUGGACCUCAUCCUUUCAGAACCUGGACCUCAUGCUUUCAGAACCUGGACGUCAUGCCUUCAGAACCUGGACCUCAUGCUUUUAG